UAAAAAGGUCUCCCACUUUUCGUCAGUGUACACCGAGAAUUCUUGCCUCUGAACUCCUGCUAUGGCAAAGCCUGUUUCAAUUGAAGUUUGGAAUCCAAAUGGGAAAUACAGAGUUGUUAGCACCAAACCCAUGCCUGGAACUCGCUGGAUCAAUCUCUUGAUUGCACAAGAUUGCAGGGUUGAGAUAUGCACAGAGAAGAAAACAAUACUGUCUGUUGAGGAUAUUAUUGCUCUGAUUGGAGAUAGAUGUGAUGGAGUAAUUGGGCAGUUGACAGAAGACUGGGGGGAGACUUUAUUUGCAGCUUUAAGCAGAGCAGGAGGAAAGGCUUUUAGUAACAUGGCUGUUGGUUACAACAAUGUUGAUGUUAAUGCUGCUAAUAAGUAUGGUGUUGCUGUUGGAAACACUCCUGGAGUUCUUACGGAGACGACAGCAGAGUUAGCAGCUUCACUUUCUUUAGCGGCAGCUAGGAGAAUAGUUGAAGCUGAUGGGUUUAUGAGGGCAGGCCUAUAUGAUGGAUGGCUUCCUCAUCUGUUUGUGGGAAACUUGCUCAAAGGACAGACUGUUGGUGUCAUUGGAGCAGGUCGUAUUGGAUCUGCUUAUGCCAGAAUGAUGGUUGAAGGGUUCAAAAUGAAUCUAAUUUACUACGAUCUCUACCAAGCCACGCGCUUGGAGAAGUUUGUUACAGCAUAUGGAGCAUUCUUGAAAGCCAAUGGUGAGCAACCAGUUACAUGGAAAAGAGCAGGCAGCAUGGAUGAGGUGCUUCGUGAGGCAGAUGUGAUAAGUCUUCACCCAAUCUUGGAUAAGACAACUUAUCAUUUGAUCAACAAAGAAAGGCUUGCAACAAUGAAGAAGGAAGCAAUCCUUGUAAACUGUAGUAGAGGUCCAGUGGUCGAUGAAGUAGCUCUUGUGGAACACUUGAAACAUAAUCCCAUGUUUCGAGUUGGUCUUGAUGUCUUCGAGGAUGAACCUUACAUGAAGCCUGGGCUGGCUGAAAUGAAGAAUGCCAUUGUAGUACCUCACAUUGCUUCUGCUUCUAAGUGGACUCGUGAAGGAAUGGCAACUCUAGCAGCUCUGAAUGUCCUGGGAAAGAUUAAAGGAUACCCGGUAUGGGGCAAUCCAAAUCAAGUAGAACCAUUCUUGAAUGAGAAUGCUUCGCCUCCAGCAGCAAGUCCAAGCCUUGUGAAUGCAAAAGCCUUAGGUUUACCUGUUUCAAAACUAUAAAGCUUUUGCAAGGCUGAAUCCACCUAGGGGCCUUGUGGUUCUUGUUGUAUCAAUCUGGGCAUUGGUGUAUUGGCCGAAGUGGGAUUUCAGUUAUCAAAAGCAUUAACAACCAUAUUUAGAUAAAGAGUAAUAUUAGUAUUAUAGCUUUAUGAUGUUGCAAUAAUUGGAUUUUAAAUUUCUUGAUUAUGAGAACUUGUAUUCUUCUAGCAAGUAAUUUUAUAUCUUGGUUUGAUA